AUAGCUAUUGUGCAAUUUAGUACCCAAAAGAACGUCAAAUAAGAUUUAUAAUAAAGUGCCAAUUGCAGAAGUGAAUGACAUAUCAGAAUUGACAUGUUUUAAUAAAUUAAUAAUUUUUUAAUAACCCAACCAAAACAAACUUAACAAAACACAAAAGUGUGAAAAGAAAUAAAUCGAGACUACUUUAAUAUAUGUAUAAGCCCAUAUGGUUCAUGCGUUUACAAAAAUUAAUAACAAUUUGUAAUAUAAGGAUAUAUUGAAUUAUUGCGACGGUAACAAUUAAAUUAGUAACGCCAGCAACAAUAAAUUCAUCAAAAUGUCAUGGAGAUAUACGCCCCCCAAUGACAAGUAUAGCACCAAUAUUGGGGACAGAUACAGUCCGUUGUAUUACCAGCCACCGAGUCGAUUGGAUAAUUCAGACCAAACUACAGGCCGUCAUUUGCAAAGAGUCCUAUAUUAUUCAAUGACACCCUGCAGGAAUCUGACAGGGCUACGAAGAACAGAAUGCGCCUUACAUGAUGUUGACUGUGAUGAAGUAUAUCCUGGUAUUUAUAUUGGUGAUGUAGCUGCGGCGAAAAACAAAUCAUUUCUGCGAAUGAUGGGCAUUACACAUGUGCUAAAUGCAGCUGAAGGUUGUCGCUACGGUCAAGUGGACACUGGUCAUAGUUACUACCGCGAUAUGCCAAGCAUAAGAAGAAACAACAAAGAUACUAUUUUCAGAUAUAUGGGCUUCCCAAUGAUUGACGCACCUACAACAGACAUAUCCCGAUACUUUUAUGUCGCAGCGAAGUUUAUUGAUAGCGCAAUUAGCAGUGGAGGGAAAAUUCUAGUUCAUUGCUUAGUAGGAAUGUCAAGGUCCGCCACAUGCGUACUCGCUUACCUGAUGAUUUGCCGAAAAAUGACCGCCUCAGAUGCGAUACGAAAAGUUCGUAUGCGUCGCGAAAUUCGACCAAAUGAGGGAUUCCUGCAGCAAUUAGCGGACUUGGAUAUGGAGCUUAAAAGGAACAAAAAUUAUCAAUAUUGAGUUUUCAAAACUUAUUGACAACCUUUUUAAUACAAUAUUCGAACGUUUAGUACAACUGGCGAUAGAAUUUAGAAACACUAAUAAAUGGAUUCUAAAAUACUAAAACUCAUGUACAUAUAUCUAAGAUUUAUAAAAUUUUUAAAAGUACUCAUAUAUCUAGUAUGAAAUAAUAAGUAUAAUAGUUUUGUUGACCUAAAGUGUGUUUCUAACAUCUAAAACUAA